AUGUAUCAUUUGAUUCCGUCUAAUAUUCGAGAACAGAAGUGGCAAGAAUUCUUACAGGAUCAAUUACAGGACCAUCGAAUUGCUCAUAUUCGCGAAGAAAUUAUUAAUAUAGCAAUUGCAAAUGGAUCUGAGAAAAAUCAUUUUGAAAAAAAACUGUUCGAAUUUAAUAGUCAAUGUGCCCGUAUAGUUUGGCUUCGCUUAUUCAAUUGGGUGUUCUCAACAUUAGAUUCUUAUCAGACACAUUAUAUAACUGGAAAAGCAAUACAUUUGAUUGUUGAUAUUGAACCCCAAUCUUUGCCAAUGGAUUCUUGGAUAUUUAAAAAUGUCCCGCAAAUUUUAACCCAAAAACCAUCUCCACAGAUACUUAUUUCUCCGUUCCCAUCAAUAACUUCUAUAAAACUUUCAAAUCAUCAUGUUGACAAAAAGAAACAGCAUCAAAUAAAAUCAAAACAUAUUAACAGAGAAAAAUUGAAAUUAAACAAUAAAGAAAAAAUAACAUCUUCUAAAGCAAAAAAAUUGCAUGGUAUAAUUCAUGAAAUGAAAAAAACAAAUCGUUAUUUAAAAAAAAAUAUUUAUUCUUUAUCGUUGCACGAACAACAUAUCGUAAAUAAUCCAACAGAAAAUAAAAGUGAUAAGUCAAAGAAUAUUGAAAAGAAUAAAAUCAAUAUUUUUGAAAAAAAUACGAAACGCAAUAGAAACAAUAACGAUAAUAAGAGCAAUUUUAACAGCAUUCCUAAAAGUAAACAGGAAGAUAUAACAGAUAUUUCUCGAUUAUCAAAAAAUAUACAAAAAAAUGAAACAAUUGCAUUAUAUAAUAAAGAAACAGUGCAAUUUCAACCAUUAUCAAAUAGGGUAGAAGUUCUGUAUACAAUUUUACCGGAUCAUACUGAACAACUUGAUUCAAACAAUUCUAUAAAAUGAAUUAAAUAAGUUUGUAUACAAGUAAAAAGAUAUUUCUUAUUUUUUUAUUUAUUGUUAAAAUUACAAAUUAGAAUUCAUAUCAUAUAUAGUCAAUAAUAAGUUGAAAAAAAAAUUAAAUAUUUUGUAGAUAUAUAAGAUUAUGAUAAAAGAAUAUAAACAUAAUAUCCAAUAUAAUAAGAAUAUUUUAUAUAUUAUUACAAGUUUUUAAAAAAUUUAUAAUUCAAUUUUUAAAUUUAUAAUUCAAAAAAUCGAAUAUAUAUGAUAAUUUAAAUAAAUUUAAAUUGAAAAAUGAGGAAAAUGAAUAAAAACAAUGUUAAAUAUCAUUUUUAAAAUUUCUAUUUUUGUUAUUUCACUUUCUGCCAUUUUUUUUAAGCAAAUAAUAUUCAACGAUAUAUUAAGUAUAAAAAAAAUUAAAUAUAUGCACACACACACGUGCAAAUAUGCGCACUCUUUUUCUGUUAUACUUCUGUCCUUAACGAAGUACAAAAAAUAUAUAAUUGCGUUUUAUAUUCUGAAUACUCCUAUAUAACAAAAUGAAUUACGAACAUCGUGCGUUCUUUUUUCUUUUCUUGAUUUUUGUUGUUAUCUUAGCAAGUGCAAAAAAUCAUAUUUUUUAUAACUAUUUUUUAAUCUACGAAACUCGUAUAAACAUAAUUUAUUUUUUUCAAAUUGUAAUACAUUCGAUGUGUAAUCCAAUAUUUCAAUUUUUAUCAUUUCAAUUGCUUUUGGACGCGUAUAAAUUUUGUUUGGAAAAUUCUAAGGUUGAUCAGUCUUAUAAAGUUAUACGCGUGAUUAUUCUACACAUUUUUUUUUGUUUUUAAAUGCGAUUAUUUUAAA